AUGUCAGAAAGCUCAAUAAAAUCUUUACUAGACAUGGGGAUAACCCGUGAUGUAGCGAUUGAGGCCCUAGCAAAAACAAACGGAGAUGUUGAAGCCUCUGUGAACUACAUAUUCUCUGGGGAAUUGCCACAGCAGAGCUUUCACACGGAUACGGUUGAAAUUUCUCCUCAAUACCCAAAAGAGACAGAGUCUUAUCCACAAGUCAGGGAAACGGUUGAAUUUGUUGAAGAUGCUCAGGCUGAACCUGAUAUAAGUGCAUCUGACAGCGAAUCAGCCAAUUGGCUGGGUACUGCUGUGACAGUCGACGAACCCCAGAUCAAGAACUGCGUGGAUGAUCCACUUGUUGUUCAAAUGGGCACUCCAAACGCCCUCAUGGAAAACUACUUCGCUAUAUUUUGUCUAGUUGUGGGCUAUGGAUUUCCUUGUAUUUUUUUGAAGCCCGACUUCAAAGACCUAGUAUGCGGGAACGAUUGGUAUAAGGGCCAUUUCUCGAGGCCAAAAUACAGGAUUAGACAUGGCCCUGAUGAUACAACUGAUAUCAUUGCACAGGAAGAAUUGACAGGCCAAGAUAAUUUGGCCCUGCAACCCGAACUCUUGUGGCAAUUUCAAAGAAUGCUAGCCGUUCAAAUUUCUUCCAACUGUCAAAGAAAGUUUGUCGAAGCUAGGUUCUUUGCCAAGGUUCUAGAACCUCAAGUUAUUGACAAGCUCAACAACUGCGAACACUUACAUGACGUUUUGCCUACUUUUAUCAAAAGUUUAGCUACGGAUUUAGAGCUCUGUCCCCAAAUAUCAUCUGCGCGAGAACUCUUCAUUUCUUCAGCAUACUAUAAACCUCCAUCAGAGCCUGAGCCAAUAGAAACACUUGUCUCUUUGUUACAUUUCAUGCCAGAAGAAUACGAAUCAAAUCUUUACAAAAUGUUCAAUGCACUUCUGUAUCCAGAUAGUGAUCCCGAUGAAGAAUCAGAGGAGAUACAUAAUUCCCUGGGUAAUCUUGCUCCUUUGAUCACAAUUGUUUUUGAUGAGAUGGACGAAGGAACCGAAAAUGUAAAUAUUUCCAACGGGGUAGAAGUACCGCUCAAAUUUUAUCCUCAACUGUACACUGAAAAAGCUAAAAAACUCUUGAUCAACGACGUACUUUCAAGGUCGCGAGCUGCAGAAAUUGAGGCUCGGAAGGUUCUGCGCGAUUUGAACGAUCUUAAGAGUUUCCAAGGAAAACAUAUUCACUCUUUUCUGAACAGUUCGUUGGACUUCAUUUCGAGAGAUUCAAGCUCCUCUGACGACCCGAAUAUUGCGAAUCUCUUGGGGUCAUUGCAAAAUGUGAAGGAAGACCUCUCCGUGUUAAAAACCAACAAGAUGGCAGAAUAUAAAGCUCUCACUAACAAAAUCCAUAACGAAUGGAAUCUUUCCCACCCUGAGCUGGGAUUGAUAGAGUCUGCGACUGCCAUCGGAAUUAUAGAUGAGCCGUAUCUCCUUACUAGUGCUGUUAUGUCGCCUGCAGACUAUUUUCUUCGCCAGCCCGAAGGCCAAUGGCAUCACGUCCAGUACAAGCCAAAUUUGAAUGAUACUAACGUGACCAAGGUUUUUCCUCAGGAUGUCAUACACGCAAUUCGCUCUCAAACAAGGUCUGCUUCAGAAUCACCACUGAUGUUCACCUACUUCAAAGAGAGUGUUAUUGAAGAUGUUGCCACGGUUCAGAGUGCAGCAGCGCACAAUACAGGUGUUAGAAAUUUUGCUAUUCAUGAUCAAGAUAUCUUAAACCCCCUCAUGAAUCCUAAUGCAAGCAAAGAAGAUCUCAUCGAUUUCUAA